GCUGGAGUCAGAGUUGGAGUAACUGCAUGCUUAACGGACGCCGUAGAGCCACAGGGAGAGAAAAGUAAGGUGGGGGGGAGAGAGAGAGACAGAGACAGAGACAGAAACAGAGAAAGAGAAAGACAGAUAGACUGAAAGAGAAAAGUAAAGAAGUGGUAGAAGUGAGACAAAAACAGAAACCAAGAGAGGGGGCCAAAGGGUAAGAGAGAGAGAGACACACACAUACACACACACUGUACAGCAUGAAGAACGAACAAAUGAGAGUGGAGUAGCGAGUGGAACAGAGCAAAGAGAGAGGGAUAAAGAGAGAGAGAAAGAGGGAGGGAGGGAGAAAGAGAGUGACAGACAGGGAGGAAGAGAGAAAAAGACGGGGCACUGUAAACUACAGGAAGCCCCAGUGUCAAACAAACAAGGGACUAGAAGAGCUCCAGUCCAGAACCAGCCACCAGCCUCCAGUCUCCAUUGACUUCAGGGAGUCAGGCCCUGCUCUGCUGGACAGCAUGUCGGCGGACCCUGGGCCUCGUGACUCAGACCUACUGCUGUUGGAACUCCAGGCCCCAGGGCCGGUGGGACUGCAGACACUGUUGGACCUGCUAGUGGGGGUGUACCAAGAGUUCCGUUUCUCACCCCUUGCCAGGGAGAAGUACGUUGCGGGCUUCCUGCAAUGGGCGGAGCCCCUGGUGAGGCAGGUGAAGAAGACGCGCAUCAAGAGGGAUGACUUCCACAUCUUGAAGGUGAUUGGUCGAGGGACCUUCAGUGAGGUGGCUGUGGCGAGGAUGCGUAGCACACAGCAAGUGUACGCCCUGAAGGUUAUGAAUAAGUGGGACAUGCUGAAGCGAGGAGAGACAGCUUGUUACCAGGAGGAGAGAGAGGUUCUGCUGAAGGGUGAUCGACGCUGGAUCACUGAGCUGCACUAUGCCUUCCAGGAUGACAAUUACCUGUACCUUGUGAUGGACUACUAUGUGGGUGGUGACCUGUUGACCCUGCUCAGUAAGUUUGGCGACCGUAUCCCUGAGGACAUGGCGCAGUUCUACCUGGCUGAGAUGGUCAUGGCCAUCGACUCCAUCCACAGGAUGGGCUAUGUGCACAGGGACAUCAAACCUGACAACAUCCUGCUGACGGCAGAUGGCCACGUCAGGCUGGGGGACUUUGGUUCCUGUCAGAGGGUCCAGGAGGAUGGCAUGGUGCACUCGUCCCUGGCGGUAGGCACACCCGACUACCUGUCCCCAGAGAUCCUGCGUGCAGUGGAGGGAGGGGGAGGCUAUGGCCUUGAGUGUGACUGGUGGGCUCUAGGGAUCUGUGCUUACGAGAUGCUGCAGGGGACCACACCCUUCUACGCAGAGUCCAUCUCUGAGACCUACGCCAAGAUCAUGAACUUCCAGGAGCACUUCGAGUUCCCCCCGUCUGGCCCCAAGGUUUCAAACAAGGCCCGUUCCCUCAUCAUGGGGCUGAUCUGCGAGAGGGAGGAUCGUAUGGGGGUUGGGGGCUCUGGGGACUUCAGGAGCCACCCUUUCUUCUGUGGACUAGAUUGGGGCUCCCUGCAUGAACUUCCAGCACCCUUCGAACCUGAAGUCUCCAACGCCACUGACACCUCCAACUUUGACGUGUUGGACGACUGCCUCAGUGAAAUGGAAACACUGAGUGACGUGAUGGACAGGGCCCCUAUCGGUGUUCACCUGGCUUUUGUUGGCUACUCCUACACAGCUACAAGACAGACAGGUGCCUUGGACCGCAGUUGUGACAUCAUGAUGGAGAUUGACCACCAGCGACAUUUAGGGUUGCCAAGCCAAAAUUUCCAGGACAAGCUGAGUCAGAUGUGGCAGCUCAGAGACGCUCUGACAUCGACUGCCAACCUGCCUGCCCUGCUUGAGCUCCCCCUAGCCUUGGAGCAGGGUACUGCAGAGUCCACUCACACCACGAUAGAGGAGGAAGAGGUGGAGACAGACCUGAAUUCAGGACUUGAUGAGGACCUGCACAGAAGGCUACAGGAGGCAGAGAAGAGGAAUGGAGAGCUGGAGAAAGAGAUGGAGAGACUGAGGGUGGAGAUCGAGGGCCUGAAGUCCCCCAAGGAGACAGAACUACGUGUCUGCCCGUCGUCUCUUUCUCUGCCUGCCCACUGUCUGGACAAUGCGAGUGUGGCAUGCUGUGCUGUGCUGUGCUGUGACUCGCACACAAAAAAAGACUGCAUCUGUACCCUGGCCUGCAAUCCUGUUCAGUGCCUGACUGUGAGUGUGUUUCAGGGGAAAAGAUCUCCCCCUGCCUGUCACUACCCGCUGGUGAUCCCUCUCCACCGCCACCUGCUGCUGUUCCACAGGGUGCGCUGGCCACAGGAGAGGACUGAGUCCUACCUGUUGGUGUGUGCGGAGGGGGGAGAGCCACAAGCCUGGGACAGACACUGCUGUGCUGAGAUCUCCUGAACCCCCCCCCAACUAUAGUGGGGAAUGACAGACUUAUCUAUUCCACCUAGGAGUCCUAUUACAGUAUCUUUGAAUGAGAGAGUUUUGAGUAUGGUGGGUGGGUGAUAAAGACAAUGGUACUCAUGGCACUGAGCAGAGUACUGGGGCAUAAAUAAACUGAGAGCAAUGGGGACAGCAGAAAUGGAAACUUCCAGGCAGUUGGACAGACAUGGGAAAGCUAAGGACUGUCACUAAAAGGAAUGAGGAGGUGGAAAGAAUCAAAUGAAGGACAUCUCCUCCUGGACUACCAAUUGCUGCCUGUGGCUGUCUGAGAGUCACAAUGUAUACAUUUAUAUCUCUGAGCGGACAGAGGUAAAAGCGAGCACUGAAAACAAAGAAGACACCAUAAGAAAAAGACAAACGAUGUGUCCUGUGCUAGCUAUUAUGCUGUCAAAAUGCUUUUGUAAAUACACCUUGCUGUUUGGUAAGCCAUUUUAAAUCAUAUAGGCCUAAAAUGUUCCUUUGGACAUUGAGGCAUGAAAGAGAAUAAUACUGGAUUUUGGUGAGAGAAACUGUAUAGAGUACCACAGUAUGAGUCAUAAUACCCAUAAAACCUAGUGGUCAAACA